AUGGAGCCUACCAAGGUCCAGUCUGAGGGUGGACUUAAUGUCACACUUACCAUUCGGCUCCUCAUGCAUGGCAAGGAGGUUGGCAGUAUAAUAGGAAAGAAAGGUGAAACAGUGAAGAAAAUGCGGGAAGAGAGUACUGCUCGUAUCAAUAUUUCAGAAGGAAACUGUCCAGAGAGGAUAGUUACCAUUACAGGGCCAACAGAUGCCAUAUUCAAGGCAUUUACCAUGAUCGCAUACAAGUUUGAAGAGGAUAUUAUCACCUCCAUGAGUAACAGCCAGGCCACCAGUAAGCCUCCAGUGACCCUACGUCUAGUGGUUCCAGCCAGCCAGUGUGGUUCUCUAAUUGGGAAGGGUGGCUCAAAGAUAAAGGAGAUGAGGGAGUCUACAGGAGCUCAGGUGCAAGUGGCUGGAGACAUGCUGCCAAACUCCACCGAGCGGGCAGUGACCAUCUCGGGCACCCCAGAUGCCAUCAUCCAGUGUGUAAAGCAGAUCUGUGUGAUAAUGCUGGAGUCCCCACCCAAAGGUGCCACAAUCCCGUAUCGACCCAAACCUGCCUCUGCUCCAGUUAUUUUUACUGGGGCUCAGGCUUACACCAUUCAGGGACAGUAUGCAAUCCCUCAUCCUGAUCUGACCAAGCUCCAUCAGCUGGCUAUACAGCAAACCCCCUUUACCUCCCUUGGGCAGACCACCCCCGCUUUCCCUGGUGUGGAUGCCAGUUCACAGGCCAGUACUCAUGAGCUCACCAUUCCAAAUGAUCUAAUCGGCUGCAUAAUUGGACGUCAAGGCACAAAAAUCAGUGAGAUUCGUCAAAUGUCUGGAGCUCAGAUUAAAAUAGCUAAUGCAAUGGAGGGGUCAUCAGACCGCCAAAUCACUAUCACAGGCACACCUGCCAACAUCAGCCUGGCACAGUAUCUCAUUAAUGCCAGGUGA